AUGGCAUCAAAGUCUCGUGCUGGGUUCGUUACGCCAUGGAAUAUGAUGAAAGCUCGAGAGGAGCUUAUACCGAGGUUGUUUCGCUGCGAAACUCUGGAACCCCUGGGCCCGCGUGAUUCGAUGACCUACUUCAAUAAUCAUAAAAACAUUGAAUCAUCGGAUAUGAGAAUAACCGGAUACGAUCGUUUGCACGAUCAUACGCCUUAUGAUCAGAGCAAGCCGCGGUGCGAUCGUAUUAAAAGAGAUACGAUAUGGCGUGAAAUUCAUGAGGAGAACAAGCUUCACAAAGUUGCAAUUAUCACGAGCCAUUGGCACGGACGACCCAAUCGAGUUAAGCUCGAUUUCCAUGACGGAAAAUUUGGCCGAACUAACGAGAUACGAGAUGAUUUUUAUCGUCGAAACGGUGUUGAUUUAUUGUAA